AAAAUUGCUUCUUUCGGCAGAAGUCUGCGCUUCCUGGAGACAACUUAAGAUGUAGAGUCACGUACAAAAUAUCUGCAAAGAGUACAGAGACGGAGUUUCGUAUUUCCUGUCGUAUUGGGCCAAGAACUGCACUGAAAUGGCCAAUGGAAUUCGCUACUGGUUCUGGUUCAGUGUUCAGUGUGGCUCGCGCAUCAACAAGAAACGAAACGGCGACAAAAAAUUGAGGUUAGAAAAUGAAAUGGAGCAUAUUUUAAUAAAUUUUGGGCGCGAUUUUUUAAAGACAUCUGUCAACAGCGAGCAGUAUUUGGAAAGGAUUCAAUAUAAUGGCUUCAAGCAGAAAAAACAUGAAAGUUGCAUCCAAGAAAAUUGGUACCCAUAAUGGUAUGUUCCAUUGUGAUGAGGCUUUGGCUUGUUUUAUGCUCAAACAACUUCCCGAGUAUGAAGAUGCUGAAAUUGUUAGGACCCGCGAUUCGAAGGUGUUGGAUGAUUGCGAUAUUGUUGUAGAUGUUGGUGCAAUAUAUAAUCCAAAAACCAAUAGAUAUGAUCAUCACCAACGUGACUUUGAUGCAACUUUAAAUGCUGUUUGCCCAGAUCUAACGAAAAAUAAAUUUAACAGUAUUAGAUUAAGUUCUGCUGGAUUAGUUUAUGCCCACUUUGGCUUAGAAGUCCUUUCAGAAACCCUAAAAAAAGAAAAGAAAAAUCCUACAACUGAAUGCUUAAAAGUUUUGUUCCUACAUAUAUAUGGUGGCUUAGUGGAGGAAUUAGAUGCUAUAGACAAUGGUAUUCCAAUGUACGCUGAAGGCAAGCCCAGAUAUAGGAUUAACACUCACUUAGGGGCAAGAGUUCAUAGACUGAACCCUGUAUGGAAUGAUCCUAAUCCAGAACAUGAUGAUGUGCUUUUUGGUAAAGCUAUGCAACUGGUUGGUUCAGAAUUUGUUGAGACAGUAUUGGAGGGUUACAAUGUUUGGUGGCCAGCAAGAGAAAUAGUCAGAAAAACUCUUGAAGAUAGGAAACAAAAUCAUGAAUCUGGUGAAAUUAUAAUAUUAAAUGAAAGAUGUUCCUGGAAGGAGCACCUUUAUGCUCUUGAGGAAGAAUUGGGAAUUGAAGGAACAAUAAAAUUUUGCGUCUUUCAUGAUCGCACAGGAGAUAGUUGGAGAGUUCAAGGUAUCCCUGUACCACCUGAUAGCUUCAUCUGUAGAGUAUUUUUACAUAAAGACUGGAGAGGCGUCCGUGAUGAAGAACUGAGCGCCAUUGCUAAAAUUGAUGGGUGCAUUUUUUGCCAUGCCUCUGGUUUUAUUGGUGGGAACAAGACUAAAGAUGGUGCUAUUGAGAUGGCUUUAAGAAGCUUGAAGGCUGCUCAAGUGAAUAGAGAAUAGAUUUUUUUAUUAUUGUAAGUAAAAAAUGAUUGAUCUCUUUUUAUGUAGAGUCCGACGAUUUUAAUCUGAUACUCCAAACAAAUGUGAGCUGGUGGCUUUCUAUGUUAGAACGCCAAUGGUCAUCUGAUGUCACACCUGUUUUUGCCAUAUGCUUCACCCCCUCGCUUCUCAUACGGAAAGUGUCGGAUUAAAAACGAUGGACAAUAUCUAGCCAAUUGAAAUUUGUCAUUGUCAUUGUUAAUUUUAAUUAUCUAAGGAAAAAUAUCUUUAAGGGAUUCAAAAAAUAAAACUACUUCUUAAAACGAAUGUAUUGUCUAAUUAUUGUGAUUUUUAUUUGUUGCACAAUAGAAAUCAAAAAUUAAAAUUACUCAUCCAUACUAUUUAUACAUUAAUAUAAUUAUCUACAGUGUGUAGGUACAUUUAUUUAAAAGCUAUAAUAAUUUACAUAGCUACAUAUUGACAAAAAUUACAGAAAAAAAAUUAUAAAUAUACAUAAAACAUAACUUAUGACUCAAUUUUAUGUGGUAAAUGCCUGUGUAAAUGAAAAUACGUGAAUCGUGUAAAAGUAUCAAUUAGAAUUUAAUUAACACUAAAUUUUUGUUUCCUUUGACUUAUUUUUUUUAAUAGUGUUUGAGAUUAAAAACUUUCUUUUCUAAAUACAAAUCCAUUCUGAUCACAUUUUACUCUCAAAAUCCUUCCUAAUUGUGGAGGGCCGCAGUAGAACACUGUCACUUUACCCUUUUUCUGAUCUGAUAUUUGCUUGAAAACUUUGUCCCAGUUAGGUCUUCCCGCAUUUGUUCUUGUUUUGA